CACAGUAUGUGCAUAUUGUACAACAGAACAAUAUAGUAGUGCAUGUAGAAUAGUGCACAUUAUGGCAGGAUCACAUUGUAGUGUGUGGCUUCAUGUUGUAAUAUUGUCUAGGUGCCAUAGUGCACAGCCUUGUGUAUUGUAGUGUAUUGCAUAGUUGUGUAUUAGUGCACACCACAGCAUGACAAUAGUGCACUAUGUUAGUCAAUUGGUCAAUAACCAUUGUGGCCAGCAGUCUAUAAGUGCAUUGGUGUGCUGCUGCUGAUUGCUUGCUUUAGUGCACUGUAUAGUCCAUCAAAUAUUCAUGGUGAGCAGUGCGAAUAUUUUAACAAAUGAGUCAACUAUAGAUCAUAAAUGAGUAUGCACACGUGAAGUAGCAUAUACUAACGUAUACACCUAUGCCUGAGUGUACUACCAUGUAUAUACCACCCUCUGUGAGGUCACAGCAUUGUAACAUUACUAUGCUGCAUAUCUCUAUAGUGAAGUGUGCUGAAAUACGUGCGAGUGAAAUCUGUGAUAUCAGUGUAUGGUGUACGUAUAGUGAAAUAUAUGAUGAGUGUAUAGUGUACCUAUAGUGAAAUAUAUCUGAAGGAAAUAUAUGAGUGUAUAAUAUACUAUAGUGAAAUAUAUUAGUGAAUUAUACGAAUGUAUAAUGUACAUAUAGUGAAAUAUAGGAUUUGCUGAAAUAUAGGAGUGAGAUACAUGAUAAAUGAGUGUAUAAUGUACCUAUACUGGAGUAUAUAUGAUUGUAUAGUGAACUGGAUGUGAGUGUGUAGUAGAUACAAGAUAGAAGUGCCCAUGUCUGUAGGUGAGGUAUCGGGGAGCUGUAGGACAAUGCCUCCUUGUACUAUAUAUACUGUAUCAGGACGAUCGUAUGUAACUGUGCACGACACAUAACACACAUGCCUAUAGUAUAGGAAUAGUGGAUAUAAAAGAAAUUGCAAAUUCUGUUCUACCUUAAAGGACAAAAAAAAAGAAAAAAGAAAAAAAAGAAAGAAAAAGAAAAAAGCCCCGACUAUAGGGGCAGGCUGAUUGUAUGGCAAGAUUUAUAUAGUAAAAUGCAGCCUUAUUUCCUUUAGAAGGGGAGGUGCAGGAUAAGAGUAUGCUAAUUAGCCGGAGAUUUUUUUGGGGGGAAGGGGUGGAAUAUCAAUUUUUAUUGCAUCACCUGUCAGGAGUGUCCAAUCAGCGGCGGCUGUAGGGGAAUUAAUGGAUGAAGGUGUCUCCGGACUCCUCACUAUAGUGCAGCGGCGGAGGGAAGAGCACAUUCCAGGAUUCCGGGGGCUCUCAUGCACUGGGGGGCUGCACCAGGACUCAGGUACUGCAGCCUCUAACAAUGGAGAGCUGCCAGUCCUCUCUAUGGCUCUAGGACCUGCCUAUCUGUCUCUGCCUGGAUCUCCAGCUGUACAUGUGACUAGUCCUAUAGACUUUAUAGGGCAAUCAGCAGGCUUUCUCUUCCUUCAAGCAAGGAUGCCUUGAGACUGCAAGCAUCCGGAUCUGCAAGCACCACCACCACCACCACCACCUCUGCUUUGCCAAAUGCUGAGGAGGCUAUGACCCAAAGCAAUGGGUGAUCUGGAGUCUGGCUUUGAAGUGGUGGAUGGAGUCAGGCUAGGAUACCUGGUCAUCCAAGGCAAGCAGAUGUUCGCCCUGUCUCAGGUCUUUACAGAUCUCCUGAAGAACAUUCCAAGAACCACAGUGCACAAGCGCAUGGAUCAUCUAAAAGUGAAGAAGCACCACUGUGACUUGGAGGAGCUGAGGAAGCUCAAGGCGAUCAACUCCAUAGCUUUCCGUGCGGCCAAAUGCACUCUGAUCUCCAGAGAGGACGUGGAAGCCCUGUACACCUCCUGCAAGACUGAAAGGGUCCUCAAGACAAAAAGGAGGAGGAUAAGCAGACCACUGUCAACAAAAGAGCACCCAUCCCCCGACCCUUACUGCAGUUUCUGGAAGGAGAACAAAGUUUGGCUGGGUCUGAAUGAAUCUACCAAGCCAAUCAAGAGAAAAGCCUUUGCUCCUGGAGAACCAGAUCUUCUACCGGCUGCUGAUCUACCUCACUUUCUUAGUAAAUACACUGGUCACAGCUACCCACAAAUAGCAAGGUCUCCUUGCAAAACCCCUGGAAACUAUGAAACUCCUCAGAUCCCCGGAGACUGUGUAGCAGCUUUCCACUCCAGCCUGCCCUACUUCAGGGGCGUGCUGUGCAGCAAGCACCCUGCCUACUACUACCAACCAGCCAUUGCCCAACCCAAGCUAGGCAGCUCAGUGACUUACAGAUACAAAAGGAGAAGGUCUUCAGCGGACAAGGACUCCUCAUUCCACAGCAGCAGCGGCAGCAGCAGUAGGAGGUUCUUCUUUUUACCCAAGCCCUACAGAUCCAAAGGAACCCCCUUGUGCCUGGAGAGGAUCCACCUGGUCAAUGGCUUCUGCGCCCAGCACCUGGAUGUCCUACAGGAGGGUUACAGCAGCGACUCAGAGUCCAGUUCUGCUGCCAAUGACUCGGAUUUUGGUUCUAGUUUGUCCAGCAGCAGCAACUCUGUGUCCUCCGACGAUGAGGAGGAAGAGGAGGAGGAGGAGGGAAGCCUGUCUGACUCCAGUGAGCUGAGCUCUGAUGAGGAGGACAGCUCCUCUGAGUCAGACAGCAGCUCUGUGUCCAGCCAGGUCUCAGUGGAAAGCAUACGAUUUAGGAGAACUAGUUUUUCCAGCCCUGCUCACAUGGCCCAAGCAAACCUCCUCUGCCAGUUCCCCAGGUCCCCUAGCCCUAGUUCUGGUAAGGCAACUCACUGUGAGAUUAAAUCCGAAAGCCAGGAUUGGAGUCACCAAGGCUUUAGGAGUUCUGGGAUGUAUUGUGCUCUUGGGGGCUCCUUUCCUGAGAAAACCUCUGGGAUCCAUCUCCCACUUUCUGCUUUCUCCUCUAAUGCUAAGAGAAGUGACAUGACAAUUAACUGUGAGGGGGGCUCUUCACCUAGCCCAAAGAAAAAACAGACAUUCUUACCACAACAAAGGAUAAACAGGGAGAGCAAGCACUCCACUCUCUCACCAUGUGUGCAAAGGAAUACCACAACCCCCAGCUCCUUACAUUGUGUGUCUGCAACCACCACUGAGAAGGGGGACAAAUUGUGUAGAGUGGAUGUGCCUGAAAACUCGGAGCAGCCUCACAAUAGUGGGGUGAAUGCAUGCACUGAUCUAGCCUUUCUGCACAAUGUCAAAAUUAAAAUUGAGGACAGUAGUGGUCAUGAAGAAUACCAUAACCAGCAUAAGCUAAACUAUGAGUGCAAUGUUGCUAAGGAUGAGCUUGAUAGCGAUAGGGGGGAGGAUAAAACCGAGGGGGCUUUAGUCAAAGCCAAACUGGACUCUGUGUGCACUGAUACUAAACAACAAACCACUUCUGGAGAUACUGUGACUCCAAGUGAGGAGGACCCUCCAUGCACUUUAGAUACACCCAACAAGCCUGAGGAUGGAGAUUACAAAUAUGGUGCUAAGGUCAGGAAAAAUUACAGGACACUGGUGCUAGGAAAAAGACCUAUAUUACAGACAACUCCCUGCAAGCCCAAUCUGAAAUCUGCAAGGAGCCCAAGAUCCCCAGGUAAAAGUGAAUUUUUUGAAGGGACACUGGAUGGUAUGACAGUGACCAAUAGACGCAAAAGGUUAGCCAACAAUGUAGCUUCUACAGUAAAAAGACCUUUUAAUUUCAUGGCAAAUUUCCCCAGUCCAUCGUCAUUGAUUAUUGGCAAAGAGGGAGAUUUAGUCCCUGCCUACUCCUUAAACAGCACAAAGGAUUCUUACCCACCCCACAAGGCCCAUCCUAUUUGGAAAUGGCAGUUGGGUGGUUCUCCAGUACCUCUCCCUCCUAGUCACAAAUUCAGGACAUUUCAAUCAUAAUUCUUUUUUUUGUAUGGGGAAAUGUUUUUUUUGUUUUUUUUUUCCCCUAUGGUUGUAUCAGCCUUUUUUUUAAAAUAUAUAUAUAUAUUAUAUUAUUAUUAAUUAUUAUUAUUAAUUUGGAUUUAUUUGCCCUGACAUCUCCUGGAGAAGGAAAUUGUGGAUGCCAUUUUCAUUUACAAUAUGGAAUUUUCGCUUGGUUACAUUCCUCAGACUACUCAGUGCUUAAAGACUUGCAUUAACCCUGGCCUUGAAUGGAAGUUGUUUCUUUCUUUUUUUAUUUUUAUUUUAAUAUUUUUUUAUUUUAUAUAUUAUUAUUAUUUUAUUUUUAUUUUUUAUUUUUUUGCAAAGCACCCGGUACCUCAGUUCAUCUGCUACAAAACAAAUGUCAAAGCAUUUCAGUGUAAUAAAAAGAAACUAUAGUAUGAGCCAUUUGCAUUUUCUGCACUAGAUUUGGAAAGUUGAAGUAUGACUGUGUCAUUUGUUGCACAAUAUGGGUCACCCAUGAAUAAUUAGAUGUGGCAGAUUUUACUUUAAUAUUUGAGUGAGAGGGUGUUUUUUGUGUUUUUUUUUAAAUUUUAUUUUUCAAGAGCAGUUGCACUUAACUCGUUUUUAUGGACUGGAAUGGUCUUGGGCCUAGAUUUAGCUCAGGCCUUGGGAAAAUAAGCUGCCUCAACAACUAGUGAAAAUAAAUAUGUCAUUGUAUUUUGUUAAAUGAUGUCUUUUUACGUGCACAAUCAUACAGUGUGUAGUGAAAUCGCAAUUGUAUCCAAAGGUCUCUCUUUUUCUGUAUCACUCCCCUAGCAUCAGAUAUGAGAGAAGAGUGACAUUUCUAUUCUCCCAAAAUAAACAUAUACCUGGCUUAGAGAAGACUGUGCAGAUGAAGAGAGUCAUAUUAUAAAUGUAACAGAGUGCUGUGAUGAUAUUGUGAUUUUUUUUUUUGUAUUAUUUUUUUCUUGGUAGAGGCCCCAUUAAUACCCCCCUGUGACAAACUGCAUUAUUCCUUGUAGCUCAAGAGAGACAGAAAAAAAACAAAAAAAACUUGAAUGGUCAAUAUAAAGCCUGGAGAAUUUCUGCAAAUGACAAUCACAGUCAGUUCUCUACACUUGCACUUAUAAACUGAGUUUAGUAAAUAUUGUAGAGACCCAUUGGUGUAAUUUUUUCCCCCCUGUAAUGUGUUGACAGCAGUAAAUCAAAAAUAAUGGAAAUUUGCACUGUUGAGAGAGCAUGUUUCGCCUUCGUUGAAAUUAAAAAGAAAAAGAAAAAAAAAACACCUGGAAAACCACUGUUUUCUUGAACGAACACAAUUCAAUUCAUCUUGAUUAUUUUAUAUACUUUUUAUUAUAUUAUUGAGUCUUAUGGACUGAGGUGUUGCUAAGGCAUUUCUGAAAAUGCAUAUUUUUUUUAUUUUUGUAAUAAGGGAGGUCUAAAUGUUGUGCAUUAAAAAAAUAUAAAUCAGGAGGCAGUGUUUUUUUUAAUACAGGAGAAUUUUCAGCAAACAGUACAUUUUACA